AAACCUGAAAACACAACUCUCACAUGUUCGUAACAGCAGCGAUAUGUGCUGGCAUUAGACCUUGGUUUAAUGAGAGUUUAAUGAGACAGUGGUUUGAGUCAUUUGGUUUAUUAAAUAAAAUGUCUGAAGCGUCAAAAAGAGCAGAUGAGUCAGAGAAACCUCCACCUCCAAACUGGAUCCUUGUGCAUCCAACAUAUCAACAAAUGAAGAGUCUGGAGGUUGUGGACAGUGCACAAGUACACGCAGCCUUCCUCGUGUACAUGGAUCUUACUGAGGUGCGUCAGUGGAAAGAGGUGUCUUGUGUCAAGAGUCCCGAGCUGCAGGUGAUUUUGCUGGAAGGGAGGGAGAAAGAAGGAGCACCCGUCCAGACAGUUCUGCCUCUGCCUGUUCACCGAUCUCUGAGCCACAAGAGCAUACGUCACGUGCUGGACAGAGGUUUCCCCAUGCUGCUGUGUGCUGUAGCGUCUGACUCCACCCUGGUCUAUCAGAGGAUGACCGAUGGGCUGGUGACGCCGGACCCUCCCUCUGGACCCGUCCAGGAUCUGGGACGUCGGCAGCACAGGAAGAGACGGCAGAAGCACUGACCAGCUAGAGGGGCGUCAUCUUGGUGUUGUUGAAGAAACAUAGAAGAGCAGAAGGGGACAGGCAGUCGGGCAGUUGGUUGGUCUGUCUGUCUGAGUAAGCUGCUCUUAAAAAAUAAGGCUUAUCUGUACCGAAACAUGGCAGCAGGUGCAAAUGUACCGAACCAGAGUGCCCAUAUAGAUGCUCUUGGUAAGAAAAAGCUAGAUGUAUUCAAACAGCGAUGUCUAGUUCAGGGGUUUGCAACUUUUUGGCUUGUGAUUCGUUAAAACUUUUGACCCAUUGUCAAAGUUCUGACUGUGACAGAUUGCAAACUCUCUCAAACACCUUGUUUGAGAGAUUUGCUGACCAGGUACUCCCUCAGUGUAAUCAGGGACGUGUUCACAAAACCAUACACAUGACAGUAUGUGGUCACCUGCCUUCCUCAAAACAUUCAAGCGGGACCUGAUGAGUUAGAUCCCAGGGGAUCAAAUCAUAUCUGUUUUUAUUUAUUUUUUGCUUUUUAUUUUGUUACUUUCUUAAAAACAAAAGUAUCUUAUUUUGAAAGUACCAUUGACCGAUGUGAAAAACUAUAAUGGUGGUAUCUACAGUGACGGCUGCACCGGACACUGGAAAAGUAAAUAGUAAAUAAAGCUAUACCAGUCGAAACGAGGUAUGUUGAACGAAAUCACGUGUUUGCAAGGAUUUUAAGUUUAUUUGUAUGCGUUAACUUUGUGUUUCUAUUAAUUAACUAAUUCAGAGGUUGGAGCCAAUUGGAUUUGUAAUUUAUUUUCCUGCCUUUGUUUGUUAAACCUACUUUCAUUUUUAGCUGUUAGUACAGUGCCAUAGUGACACGAUAUUGUUAUAUCUUAUAUUAUUAAUAUAUUCGUUUUUGUUCAUAGAUUUAUCUUGAAACCAGAAUAAUGUCAGAGUAUCCCACGUCUAAAAUCGGAAAAGGCUACAUUCUGAGUGAUAUCCUUAGUUUUUCUGUAAUUAAAUCCUUGUUACUUGAUAUCGAUACGAUAAAAUUGCCUGUUAAUAUCAGCCAUCAAUUGGGCUCUCAUUACCAAACUGCAUUGAGCUGUCCAUUAAUAAUCUUAUCACCCAAUUUCAGUGUUUUCUCGAGCUCCCGUGCCUUAUGGUAA